CUGACUGCCGUGCUAUUCUGAUUUACUGGAGAAAGCGCAACUCUUUCAUGACAUGUUUGUCCUGUCUUGGACCAAGUGGGGUAAAAGGGCUGAAGCUCAGCGGUACAGUUGUUCGUUUGACUGCAGAAGGUGUCAGAUUCAAUCUUGAGCCUUUCCAGCUCAGUUAAAAAGAUUGCAUAGCUCCAGCAGAUAAGAUGCUGUCUCCUGUCAGCCUUUUUUCUCCUGCUUCCUUGCUGUUGGUGGCUGGGCUGCUUCUCCCAUGAUUUUCUGCACUUAGACCAAGCUGUGCCUUAGCCAAUCAGUUCAGACCGGCCUUCCUUCACAGUGAGGGGAUCCUUCUCCCCUCCAACCCCUUUUCUGUGUGACGUCAAUUUUCACAUCCCCCGUGGCAUCUCCCUGCCUUGCACCCACUCUCCCCCUGUGUGGGGCCUUCAAAACCAUGGAUGACUCGGAAGUGGAGUCGACUGCCAGUAUACUUGCCUCCGUCAAAGAGCAGGAGGCACAGUUUGAGAAGCUGACACGGGCGCUGGAGGAAGAACGGCGCCAUGUCUCUGCCCAGCUGGAGCGCGUCCGUGUCUCCCCCCAGGAUGCCAGCCAAACAAUGGCCAACGGCACCCUCACCCGCCGGCACCAGAACGGCCGUUUCUUGGGCAAUGCUGACUUGGAGAGGCAGAAAUUCUCAGAAUUAAAGCUCAACGGGCCACAGGAUCACAGUCACCUCAUAUACAACACCAUCCCCAGGAUGCAGGAUCCAGGACAAAUUGUGGAAGAGUCAUACACCAUGGAGGAGGACCCAGAAGGUGCCAUGUCAGUUGUUUCAGUAGAGACCUCCGAUGAUGGGACAACCCGUCGUACAGAAACCACGGUGAAAAAAGUUGUGAAGACCAUGACCACACGUACAGUGCAGCAAGUUCCCGUUGGCCCAGAUGGGUUACCUAUGGAUGGUUCUCCAGUCACCAACAACUACAUCCAGACCAUAGAUAGGAACUUCAGGAAGAACACGAAUGGUGGCCCUGGUGCCUACAUGAACCAGCCAGGCACAGCUACCCUUCCAAGAAAUUAUCACUACUCAGAUAGUUAUGGCCGGCCAUAUGAAGAUGGCUACCAUGGCAGUGAACACGGCUAUGGUAGCCUCUCCCGAGUGACCCGGAUCGAUGAGCGCUACCGACCCUCCGUGGAUGGCUACAGGGCCCCCAGCAGGCAGGAUGUCUAUGGGCCUCAACCACAGGUGCGUGUAGGGGGAAGCAACAUGGACCUGAACCGCUUCCACACAGAGCCAUAUGGGCUGGAGGAGGACCAACGCAGCAUGGCUUAUGAUGACCUGGAUUAUGGCGCAGUGCCAGACUAUGGAACAGGAAGACGGACUGGGACACCUUCUGAUCCCCGCCAGAGACUCAGGAGUUAUGAAGACAUGCUUGUGGAUGACGUGGGUAGAGACCAGUAUUACUGGUCCCCAGUGGCACAACAUGACAGAGGCAGCCUAGCCAGUUUGGACAGCCUGCGAAAAGGAGGCCCACUUCCAGCCACCUGGCGCCAGCCUGAGCUCCCCGAGGUGAUUGCCAUGCUGGGGUUCCGUUUGGAUGCUGUCAAGUCCAAUGCUGCAGCCUACCUGCAGCACUUGUGCUACCGAAAUGACAAGGUGAAAACGGAGGUGCGCAAGCUAAAGGGCAUUCCUGUACUCGUGGGGCUGCUGGACCACCCCAAGAAAGAGGUGCACUAUGGGGCAUGUGGGGCCCUCAAGAACAUCUCCUAUGGCAGGGACCAGGACAACAAGAUCGCCAUCAAGAACUGUGAUGGUGUCCCUGCUCUGGUGCGGCUGUUGCGAAAGGCACGUGAUAUGGACCUCACUGAAGUCAUUACAGGGACACUCUGGAACCUAUCCUCUCAUGACUCAAUAAAGAUGGCCAUUGUGGAUAAUGCCUUACAUGCCCUCACAGAUGAGGUUAUCAUCCCACACUCUGGAUGGGAAAGAGAGCCCAGCGAAGACUCCAAGCCCCGCCACAUGCAAUGGGAAUCAGUGCUCACCAAUACCAUUGGCUGCCUUAGGAAUGUCAGCUCAGAGAGGAGCGAAGCCCGUCGGAAGCUGCGGGAGUGUGAUGGGCUAGUGGAUGCACUUUUAUAUAUUGUCCAAGCAGAAAUUGGCCAGAAAGAUUUAGACAGCAAGCUUGUGGAAAACUGUGUCUGCCUACUGAGGAACCUGUCCUAUCAGGUGCAUCGUGAGAUCCCACAUGCUGAGCGCUAUCAGGAAGCCCCCAUCAAUGCUGCCAACAACACUGGCCCCCAUGCAGCCAGUUGCUUUGGUGCCAAAAAAGGCAAAGAUGAGUGGUUCGCUAGAGGUAAAAAACAGACAGAGGAUCCUUCUACUGAUAUAGUUGACUUCCCCAAAAGACCAACCCCUGCAAAAGGCUACGAACUCCUAUUCCAGCCGGAAAUUGUCCGCAUUUACAUUUCGUUGUUAAAGGAGAGCAAAACCCCGGCUAUCUUAGAAGCCUCAGCAGGAGCCAUCCAGAAUCUGUGUGCUGGCCGUUGGACGUAUGGGAGAUACAUUCGCUCUGCACUGCGCCAGGAAAAAGGCCUCUCUGCCAUUGCUGACCAUCUGACCCACGACAGCGAGCGUGUGGUGAAAGCUGCAUCCGGAGCCCUGCGCAACCUGGCAGUGGAUUCCCGUAACAAGGAGCUGAUUGGUAAACAUGCCAUCCCCAGUUUAGUGAAAAACCUUCCAGGAGGACAGCAGACGCUGGCAAAGAACCUCUCUGAAGACACAGUGAUCUCUGUUCUGAAUACCAUCAAUGAAGUCAUUGCCGACAAUCUGGAAGCAGCCAAGAAACUGCGGGAGACCCAAGGCGUUGAGAAACUGGUGCUCAUCAACAAAUCAGGGAACCGAUCUGAAAGAGAAGUCAGAGCCGCGGCUCUUGUGCUGCAGACCAUCUGGGGGUACAAAGAGUUGCGGAAACCCCUGGAGAAAGAAGGGUGGAAGAAAUCUGACUUCCAGGUAAAUUUGAAUAACACCUCUAGAAGCCACGGAGGCAACUCUUUUGAUGACAGCACCUUGCCCCUCAUUGAUAAAAAUCAAAAAGGAGACAAGAAAUCCUCUCGGGAAGAGAUUCAAAUGGGAAACUUGGCACCAGACAACUACUCUACAAUGAAUGAACGGGACCACAAUAGGACAUUGGACCGGUCUGGAGAAGAAAUGGAACCUAUGAAGGGAGCACCACUGGUGCAGGAGGAAGGGCAGGAAUCCCUUGAGGAAAUUGACCAGUUGCUUUAUCCUCCUAUGCAGAAGAUCUAGAGCUGCCACCAUCUGCCUUCUCAGUUUUGGGUUCAUAACAUAUUUUAUAUAACUCUUUGUGGUGAAAUGGACUGAGCUUUUUUUUAAUCUUGUGGCCACCUAGCCAAAUGACAGGCUCCCUGAGCCCACAGGGUCUCACAUCUCCCUGUAGAUGGUUGUACCUCCAACUUCUGGACAUUGUAUUUUCGUUUUUUCUUCAAAAAAAAAAAGUAAUUCCUAAAGACCAAAUACUUUUGAUGGAUCUUAUUACACAACGAAGGCAGACGCUUAAAAAUAUACAUUUAUGAUGCAAUUCACAGAAGCUGAUGGAAGCAAUCGGUGCAAAUGAAUCUCAGCUGAACUCAAUCAUACUGGAACUCGUUUUUAUUAAGGAGAUGUUGACUCUCUUCUUCAAAAAACAGAGAGAACCCAUCUCCCUCUUCUCUUAGCCUAUAGAAUAUAUUUUUGUGUGUCACUGAUGUUUGCAACAAAGGAUGCUGGGAAUACUGGAACAUUCCUAGUUGGGGAGAGGUGGUGGUGGGGGCAAGGUGAGAAAGGAGAGUCAGCUUGUGAGUGAUUCCAUUUGGGUGAUCUGCCCUUCAGCGAGCGCCUCUUCGAGACAGUACCUUCUGUAUCCUCGUAGGCCGAGGACAAGUAGAAGAUUUCUCUCUCUCUUUUCCUUCUCCCUUUUCUUAGUUGCUUCUUGAUGGCCUGUCUGUGGUGGAUCAACUCAGAGUUUAGGGAGCUAUUUAUUUGUGGGAGAAGAGAUGCUUGGGGCAUAACUGUUUAAGGGAGGGAAAGAGGAUGGAGCAUGUUAAAUGAAAGUUGGUGGAAGGGGCCAGAGUCUCCAUUCCUAGAAGUGUCCAUUUUGGCUCUCAGUAGAGAGGGCAGUGUGAUGCAUCUAGUUUUGGGUUGCUGACUUAAGUGGCGAGUGCCCAGAUUGGGCAACAAAUUGCAGAGUUCGCUGACCAGGUAGAAAGCUUGGUGGCGCGGGAAGUGGGAGGGAGGGAAGGCCAUUUGUAAAUACUGCCCAAAUCCUCCCAUGCAGGCAAGGGAAUGAAACGAUGAAACUAUUUACAUGUGCCUUUUCUUUGCCACUGUGAAAUAGCUUGGUGCUCUGGCUAGGUUUGGGCGCAGAGGGUCAGCCCCUAGACCACAGAGAUUUUGGCACAGAGUUCCCUCCUGCUCUCCCUCUCUCUGUUCCUUGCAUUGAGAUCAGGAUCCUGCUCUUGCCCUGGGUGGAGUCACAAGAUGGGGAAGGGGUGAUGCAGGCAGCUGUGUGGGGGAGAGCAGGAACUAACCUGUCAGCCACUAAAGGCUCACGGGUGGGAGGAAGGAGAGAAAGGACUGCGGGGUGAGGAUUACAGUGUGCACCUCAAGGGGUUGCUUCUUCAGGGAAUAAGAGGAAUUUAGGGUCUGCUUACAGAUCUUUGCCUUUAACCUGCAAAGUAGCGGUAAAAUGGGCAAUAACAAUUGCUCUGGGCACCAUAUUGGUGACGUUGGACGGCAGCCUCUCCCUCCCUCCCUCCCAGCUCUGCCUCUGCCCAGCAGCUGGAAGGAACUCGGUUGCUCUUGGCCUCUCUCCUCCCGUUGCACAAGAGGGAAGGUCCACAGUAGAAGAGUCUUAUUGCCUCUGCUUUGCUCCAGCCCAGUUCUUCUUACCUUUUGCGGGAGUGGGAGGGAUGAAAGAUGUAAAUCAACACCCUCCAAGGGGGUUGCGCAACAUUUUCUAGUAUAAAACACUAUUUCCUUUUUUAAUCCAGAUGAACCAGAACUACCCUUCCCCACUGACCAAUUCAAUGCUGUAGAAGAAACUAAUAACUCACUGACUCUUGUUUUUGCUUUUCCUCUGCACCCCUGGGGAAGGGGGCAUUCUGCUGUCCUUUGAGUCCUGUGCUUAUUCUGCAAUGCUUUUAAAAUGAAAUGAUUUUUAUAUAAAUAAAGUUUUAAAGUGUGUAUUUGUUAAAAUGGAAUCGACUAAUCCAAA